CUAUUCAAUAGAAGCCGUGUGCUAGUGCAGUGCGCGUGCGCAUUUCAGAACAUGGACCCGAGUUGUAAACAGUGCAGCUUUGCGAUGAAGCGGCGUCACAUCGGCCUCCAGCAGCUGCAGGCCAUCACAUCCACCGCUCAUGCAUUUCUAGGUCCAAACAAACGGCUGAAGUUCAUUCAAGAUGAAGACGCCGGGGAUGCAGUUUUAAUCGGAUCCUGUCCACGUCUGCUGGAACACCUGGAGCUGGACGGAUCUGUCGGACAGCUGCUGCACGAGACAGUUCUGGCCCAGAAGAAGCUCUUCCACUCGGGCACGAACACGCUGAUGUUUCUGGCCGGAGCCUGGAGCCGAGUCGCUCUGGAGUGUCUGAACAGAGGAAUCAGUGUGUCGGACAUUAAAUCAGCCAUGAGGGGAGGACUGCAGGAGUGUUUGGAUGCAUGCACACAGUUAGCGGUCAGUGUGGAGGAGUUUAAGAAAUCUGAUGUUAGAUCUAAUGAUCAGUGCAUUGAUAUGAUGGUCAAACACAGCAGAUACAUUAAUGCACGAACUAAAAACACACAAUCUGAUGACAAUGUGCAAGAUUUUAGAAAGUUAAGUAUUAAAUCAGAUGAUCAGUGCAUGGAUAUGACACAUAAACAUAGCAGAUAUGCUAAUACACAAACUGAACACGCACAAUCAGAUGACAAUGUGCAAGAUUUUAAGGGAUCAGGUAUUAAAUCUAAUGAUCAAUGCAUGGAUAUGACACUCAAACACAGCAGAUACAUUAAUACAAAAACGGAACACGCACAAUCAAAUGUCAAUAUGCAAGAUUUUAGGAAGUUAGAUGAUAAAUCUGAUGAUCAAUGCAAGCAUAUGACACUCAAACACAGCAGACACUUUAAUGCACGAACUAAAAACACACAAUCAGAUGUCAAUGUGCAAGAUUUAAAGGGAUCAGAUAUUAAAUCUAUUGAUCAAUGCAUGGAUAUGACACUGAAACACAGCACACACUUUAAUGCACAAACUGAACACAAUAUGCAAGAUUUUAGGAAGUUAGAUGAUAAAUCUGAUGAUCAAUGCAUGUAUAUGACACUCAAACACAGCAGACACUUUAAUGCACAAACUGAACACACACAAUCAGAAGUUACUAUGCAAGAUUUUACGAAAUCAGAUAUUAAAUUGGACAAUCAAAGCAUGCAUAUGACCCUCAAACACAGCAGACACUUUAAUGCACAAACCGAACACACACAUCAUGAUGUCACUGUCAUCGCACAAGCCGUCAGCCACGGAUGCUCCUCCAUGCAUUUACUUUUAAAAGCGUAUGAGUUGCAAAACCGCGCACAUCUGGAUAUACACAAUCUGGCAACGUGCUGCAUCCCAGGCGUAUCUGAAGAUCAUGCGUGUGUGUUGCGUGGGUAUGUCACACUGCUCUCAGUCCAACAGACGACCCAAGUUCAGCGCCUUCAGGGACGUCCAUUGAAUAUCGCUUUAAUAAACGGCGAUUUAUCUGAGAAAUAUCGCCAUGUGGGCUUUAAUAGGCCUGGAAACAUCAAGCACAUCACCGAUUUGUUCAUCACUGAGGAAUCCUGGAUUGAAAAUGCAUACAAACUCCUGCAUGAUUCCAGUAUUGAUGUUGUGUUUGUGAGCGGUGUGGUUGAUGUGGAUCUGAAACAGAGAUGCAAAGACGUUCUGAUUCUUGAAGGUGUUAAAAGCAGCGUUUUGAAGCAUUUCAGCACAUGCACCGGAGCCGUCCCGGUGUCCUACAUCUGUCAGCUGGAUGAGCGCCGCGUGGGCCGAGGGCUGAGGCUCAGGAAAGAGUCGAUCAGUGGGAGAUCUGAUAUUGUGAGCAUCACCACUGACUGCUCGGUUCUGGUCACUGCGGUUAUAUGCAGCUCUGUGUCUGCUAAACUGCAGAUGCUGGAGGAUGAGUUCUGGAGCUGCGCGCACCGGCUGCAGCAUGCGCUCACAGAUGGGAAACUUCUGCAUGGCGCUGGAGUCACUGAACUCAUCUGCAUACGCCGGCUUCGACAGUACACACAGCUGCACCCUGACAGAAGCCCUCAUGACAGUGCGGUCCUGGAGCUGAUGUCUGAAGCCUGGAUGGACUUCAUCUCUACUGUAAUGCUGAACAGCGGCUCGGUGGCGAAUAGAACAGAGGCCUGGACGUCUAUCACACAUCAGAUGAGACGACACACAGAUAUAGGAGUCACAGAUGGACUCGGUGUGUAUGAUAACGUGACGGUGAAGUGUGAAGCCUGGAGAAGAGCUCUGGAUCUGGUGUUUCUGGUGCUUCAGUCGGACACUGAGAUCAUUACUGGGGUCAGUCAGGGAGAAAACACGUAUAAUCAGCUGAUGUUUCUUUGACGUCUGUGGUAUUAUUAAAGCUUGGCUGCAUUGGAAA